AUGACGACAAGUAGAAUUGAGCAAGAAUCUCGGAAAGAUUCUGAAUUGACAGAAAUUCAGCAGUUACUGAAAACUCGCAGAUGGUACGAAGUGACAAAUAAACAGUAUUUGCCAAUCAAGCAUGAACUAUCAUCUCUUAGGAAUUUAGUACUACGAGGAACACGAAUUGUCGUACCAAAAACACUGAGACAUGAAAUUCUUGCUUUAGGUCACGAGGGACAUCCAGGAAUGGUUCUUAUGAAACAGAGACUCAGAUCAAAACUAUGGUGGCCAGGAAUGGACAAAGACAUUGAAAAGUUCUGUAAGGAGUGUUACAGUUGUCAGCUUGUUGGUCAGAGUCAGAAGCCUGAACCAAUGAAAAGGCGUGAAUUACCAUCACAACCUUGGGAACAUUUGAGUGCAGAUUUCCUAGGUCCAUUGCCAUCGGGACAUAAUCUUCUGGUCAUUGUGGACUUCUACUCGAGAUGGGUUGAAAUAUAUGUACUGAAAACUAUUACAUCGGAUAAGAUAAUCCAGUGUUUCAAGCGAUUGUUUGCAGUACAUGGUCUGCCUAUUUCGAUUCAGACGGACAGCGCACAAAAUUUCAACAGCAGGGAGCUGAACGAGUAUCUUGCUACUAUGAACAUUGAACAUAGAAACACAACACCGUUAUGGGGAAAUUGA